AUGAAUGCUAAGUUUUCCAUGGCCAACACGUGCGGGCUAUUCGAUUCAGCAGCUCAUGCGGAAGCUUCAAAUCGGAUGCAGGGUGCGAUGGAAGAGUUGAAAGUAAAAAAUGAGGUACAAGAGAAAAACCGCAUAGAGCAACGAAAGCAACAAGAGAAAGAGACAAAGCAACGGGUUCAUCGAGUGGAAGAGGCACUGGCGACCAAAGCUACGCAACAGAAAGAAGAUCGUGCUUACAUGAGAAAACACAAUGCAGAAGAGGAUUUAGAAUUCGAUGAUGACGCCUUGAUGGACGAAGAUCCUGAGCUCGAACGGAUACGUGCCGCAAGACUCAAGCAGUUGAAGCAAGAGUAUGAUGAAAAGCAAACGCUGAUAGCUAAAGGCCAUGGAGAAUACCGCGAGAUCUCGCAAGACGAGUUCUUAAAGGAGGUGACAAGCAGUGGGUUGGUAGCAGUGCAUUUUUACCAUCGGGACUUUGAACGCUGCAAGAUCAUGGAUAUGCAUUUGACAAAGUUGGCUCCAAGUCAUAUUGAGUGCAAAUUCCUUAAACUAAAUGCCGAAAAAGCUCCUUUCUUUGUCAAAAAGCUGGCAAUUCGAGUCUUGCCGACAAUUGUGUGCUUCAAAGAUGGCGUGGCAUGCCCUGGUCGCGUCAUUGGGUUUGAUGGACUCACAGAAGAUGAUGAAGAAGCAAGAGUGACGACUUUUGAUACUUGCUUGAGCCACCACUCCACGUCGAGAGACAAUUAUCCUACCAUUGCCCUCGCCCGUAAGCUGGUGGACAUUGGCGCCAUUCGUGACGAAGGCGAUACAAUAAACAACUGUAGCGAAUAUCUCCUGAAACCGUCUCACGCACUUCAAAAUCGAAAGCUUAAGCUGAAGAUUCAACGCACGUUCCUCGCUCCUUAUUCGUCAACAACAGACUCAGAAGGUCACACUCCUUUCCUCUACUCGACGUCAAAUUCAACACUAGCAGCACUAGGUACCAUCGAUCUCCACCAAAGUUUAUGA